CGAGGGGGGAGCGCGCGCUCUGCUUCCCCCCCCCCGCUCCAGUCUCUUAAAGGGGCCGCGCACGGCAUGGACGGAGCGCAGGUGUGCGCGCACAGGUGGAGGCGUGAACGCGCCAACAUCUGCACAGGGGGCUGCUCCGUGCCCCUUGGAAGAUGGACUACGCCAAAUCCCUGAGCCAGCGCCUGGCUGCCCCCGUGUCCAAAUGUGUCUCAGCCAGCGCCUCCAUGACCCAGCAGCUGCUGGCGGGCCCGGCCCCACGGCCCCGGCCCUACCGCGUGUGCAACGGGGACCGCAGCCUGCGCAAGGGCGUCAUGGCCCCCAGCCUGGCCGAGCUGCUGCGCCAGGCCCAGAGCGCCCUGGCCCUGCCCGCGCCCAUCGCGCUGGUGCUGGAUGAGGACGGCACGGCCGUGGAGACUGAGUCCUUCUUCCGGACCCUGGAGGAGGGCACGGCCCUGAUGGCCCUGAGCAAGGGGCAGAGCUGGACUGCCCCCAAGACACGUGGCUACCAGGUGAGCCUGUCCCGCAAGCCCCCGCGCAGGAUCGACGUCGCCUGCGUCACCUUCGACCUGUACAAGACCCACCCGAAGGACCUGGGCUGCCUCAACGUCAAAGCCACCCUGUAUGGCACCUACAGCAUGUCCUACGACCUGCGCUGCUACGGCGCCCGGCGCCUGGUGAAGGAAGCCCUGCGCUGGGCGCUGUUCAGCAUGCAGGCCACGGGCCACGUCCUGCUGGGCACCUCGUGCUACAUGCAGCAGCUCCUGGAUGCCACCGAGGAGGAGCAGAAGGAAGAGGAGAAGAGCUCACUGCCCCUGCAGAACCUCCUGCCCUGCAGCCUCCCCGCCCUGCCCUACAAGAAGAUGUCACAGUGAGGCUGGCUGGCCUGGCCUGUCCCCUCUGCUGUCCCCCCAGCCCUCGGGGGUCCCAGCACCCUGCUAGGUCAAUGCCUGGGCAGAGGCUGCCACGGUGCCUGGCACAGCCUCUCCUUGCACUCCGCUGGCUGAGUGUGCCCUAA